UCAAAACAAAUCGUUUUCGCGUUUUGCCGGUUUCUGUUCCGCUCCGAUCUCUUCGCAUCGUGAAUCGUCAUUUUUAACUUAUUUUCUCAUUUUAUUGUAAUUUUAUAAUUUCUGUGUUCAAUCCAUUGUGCCAAAAAGCUGUGUUCGGUUGCAUUUAAAUCUCAACUGCUCAGUAUUAUCAAUUUUGCCACUAAAGUCAAUCAUGGGAUCGUGGACCAGGAUGCAGCGAAUGGUCAGCCUGACGGUGGGUGCCGUGGGGGGAGCGGCCGGAUUUUGGUACGCGUCCCGCCAGUGGAACCAACGGCAGGUGCACGCCUCGUGGACUACCAACUUUGAGGUGUCCAAGUGCGGCAAGUGGGACUACAACUGGGAUCACCGCGACCCGCGCAGCCUGGUCGAACCGGUGGGGGACAAUGUCGACCCGGUGGUCCAGAACCGGUACAACGAAAAGUUGGACAAAAAGCGCACCAGAGUUACACGCCAUCUGAUUUUGGUCCGCCACGGUCAGUACAACAUGGACGGCCGCACCGAUGCCGAGCGUUACCUCACCGAGAAGGGCCGGAAGCAGGCCGCCUGCAGUGGGGAACGGCUGAAGCAGCUGGGCUUUGAUUUCGACAAAAUCAUUCGCUCGACGAUGACGCGGGCGCAGGAAACGGCCAAGAUUAUUUCCGGUUCGCUGCCCGAGCUCAAGCUGCACGACGAUGCGAUGCUCGAGGAGGGAGCGCCGAUUCCGCCGGAGCCACCCGUGGGCCACUGGCGGCCGGAGGUUUCGCAGUUCUUCGAAGACGGCGCCCGCAUCGAGGCCGCCUUCCGCAAGUACUUCCACCGGGCCGAACCGGACCAGAAGCAGGACACGUACACGCUGGUGGUUUGCCACGCCAACGUCAUCCGGUACUUUGUGUGCCGCGCGCUGCAGUUCCCGCCGGAGGCCUGGUUGCGCAUUUCGCUGGGGCACGCGUCCAUCACAUGGAUUUCGGUCAUGGACGACGGGCGGGUGACGCUGCGGACGCUCGGCGAAACCGGCCACAUGCCCAAGGAGCUGCUCAGUCGUCCAAGCAACCAAACAAAAGCUCGAGGCACCCGAAAUUUGAUCCUCAUCCGUCACGGCCAGUACAACCUGGACGGACGAAACGAUUCCGAAAGGUAUCUGACCGAGGUGGGCCAAAAGCAGGUCGCCUUCACGGCAGAUUAUCUCAAGCGGUUAGGCGUCAAAUUUGACAGGAUCGUUCGCUCCACGAUGACACGUGCCCGGGAGUCGGCGAAAAUAAUUUCCGGAUCGUUUCCCGGCCUGAAACUCCUUGACGAACCCCUGCUGAUGGAGGGAACUCCGAUUCGACCGGAUCCGCCAUCGCCCAGUCGGCAUUCCGACAGUGAGAUCGCCACCACCCACGCACGGAUCGUGGCCGCCUUCCGGAAGUACUUCCACCGGGCAGUCCAGAAGCAGGGCGACACGUACACGCCGGUGGUUUGUCACGCCAACGUCAUUCGCUAUCUGGUGUGUCGAGCGUUGCAGAUUCCGCCGGAAGCGUGGCUCCGGAUGUCGCUGCAGCAUGCCUCGCUGACGUGGAUCGCGAUUGGGCACACCGGUAGGGUGUCGCUGCGGUCGCUCGGCGAAGCGAGUCACAUUCCGCCGGAACUGCAGAGUCGAUAGGUAGCGAAACAAUACGGUCCGGAUUGAAA